CUUUUAAACUCUUAGAUUGUAAACUAUCUCUGUCACUUUAGAAACCCCUUAAGUUUCCCUGUCUCACUUAAAAUAAAAGCCAAAGUCCUUACAGUGGCCUUAACCCCACACAACCUGGCAUUCUCAUGCAUCUCAGAUAGUCUUUGCCUUGCUCAUUUAUUUUCAGUGAUAUUAGGGCCUCCUGGCUGUUCCUUGAGCAUACCAGACCCAUUCCUCCCUUAGGGCCUUUGCAGUGGCUGUUCUGUGCCUUGGAUGCUCUUUCCCCAGAUUUCCACAUAGCUAACACCUCCUUUACCUCCUUUAGGUCUGUGCUAAAUGCCACCCUUUCAAUGAGACUCUGAUCAUCCUGUUUAAAAUAGUAAUCAGCACCACACAGACACUGAUCUCCUUUCUUCUGCCAAACUUUUUCCCCACCUUUUAGUAGAGAAGAAUAUUAAAAUAUUUAGACGAUAUUUAGAAAAUUGUAAACUUGUAUAUAAGAGCAUGGAGUAACUUUUAGUAAUGGUUAUUUAUAGUUACUGACCUAGAAUGAUUGUGGAGAUAAGAUAGGAGUUGGGCCUUGAAAGAGGAGUAGGACUAGCACAGAAGAUGGAAAAGAAUACUCUAGGCAGAGACAAAGGCUUAGGAAAAUUCAUAGAGGUGAAACUAUGUAUGUUUUGUUAAGAUAUUUAACAAAUAGGUCAGUUGGCUAAAGUGUGGGGUUUUUAUGUAGAACAGUGAGAAACUGAGGUUGGACUGUGGAGGGCUUUUAAUGCCACAGGAAGCUUGAAAUUUAUUUUUCAUCUCGGGGAAACCAGUGGAAAUUUGUAAGCAGACUUUAACAAAGAGGGUGAUGUGGUAAUUUGAAUACCAGGUGAUUAAUGAAGGCCUAGUCUAGGCAGUAAGAUAGUAGGAACACUGAGCCUUUAGCUCUGCCACUUUAGCUGUGUGGGUAAGUCACAUCUCUAGACCAGUGCUGUGUGGUAGAACUUUCUGUGGUGAAGGAAAUGUUCUAGACCUGUUCAGUCCAGUAUGGUAGCCAAUAGCCUAUGGUUGUAGAGCAUUUGAAAUGUGACUAGCACAACUGAGGAACUAAAAUUUAAUUUUAAAUUAAAUAGCCUCGUGUGACUAGUGGUGGUACAUCGAACCUAGUAGCUCUAAGCUUCAGUUUUCUCACUUACAAAAUAGGUUAGAUUAGAAUGCUAGUGUCACUAGAAAGAUAGGUUUCACAGACACAUAAAAUUGGUGCAGCCUCUUGAGAAGAGCAAGUAAGUAUAUGAGCACAUGGACUUUUACAUGGCUAGUUUUUUCGUGUGUGUGAAAUAGGUCCAGAAUUUGUAGCCUUUUCACUCUGUAUCUUCUUGACUUACUUAAAGACCCACUCUGUCUUUUGAUGGCUACUUUUUCAAAUUAGUCUUUGGAUUACUGUCUCCCAGGAGUUGACUAGUUAAAUAUCUGAUACAUCUAAUUUAAUAGUCUGUUUUAGAAUUGUAGUUAAACUAAUUAUGUUGCUUUUGUAUUUUAUUUUUUAAUUCUUUUGUAUUUCAUUUUUUUCAGAGACAGGGUCUCACUGUGUCACCCAGGGUGGAAUGCCUUGGUGUGAUCAUAGCUCACUGCAGCCUGGAAUUCCUGGGUUCAAGCAACCGUGCCACCUCAACCUCCCAAGUAGCUGGGACUACAGAACAUCUGUGAUAACAGUCUUCUGUAAAUCCAACUUUCGAAGAAUUCUCUGAAAGAACCAAGUAGAAUAUUCUUACAUCAUGACUUACUCUGAAUGCAAGAACAAGAAAUAGGUUUUAUCUCUAAAUAUAAUGAAGGGCUGUGUGUAAACACUGACCCUGACUCAAUUCUAACAAGCAUUUUAGACAUGAGUUUACAUCGGCAAAUGGGUUCAGAUCGAGAUCUUCAGUCCUCUGCUUCAUCUGUGAGCUUGCCUUCAGUCAAAAAGGCACCCAAGAAAAGAAGAAUUUCAAUAGGCUCCCUGUUUCGGAGGAAAAAAGAUAGCAAACGUAAAUCAAGGGAGCUAAAUGGCGGGGUGGAUGGAAUUGCAAGUAUUGAAAGUAUACAUUCUGAAAUGUGUACUGAUAAGAACUCCAUUUUCUCUACAAAUACCUCUUCUGACAAUGGAUUAACUUCCAUCAGCAAACAAAUUGGAGACUUCAUAGAGUGCCCUUUGUGCCUUUUGCGGCAUUCUAAAGACAGAUUUCCUGAUAUAAUGACUUGUCAUCAUAGAUCUUGUGUGGAUUGCUUACGACAAUAUUUAAGGAUAGAAAUCUCUGAAAGUAGAGUUAAUAUUAGUUGCCCAGAAUGUACUGAACGGUUUAAUCCCCAUGAUAUUCGCUUGAUAUUAAGUGAUGAUGUCUUGAUGGAAAAAUACGAAGAAUUUAUGCUUAGACGGUGGCUUGUUGCAGAUCCUGAUUGCAGGUGGUGUCCAGCUCCAGAUUGUGGAUAUGCUGUGAUAGCAUUUGGAUGUGCCAGCUGUCCAAAAUUAACUUGUGGGCGAGAGGGCUGUGGAACAGAGUUUUGCUACCACUGUAAACAGAUUUGGCACCCCAACCAGACCUGUGAUGCUGCUCGACAAGAGAGAGCCCAGAGCUUACGUUUGAGAACUAUACGUUCUUCAUCCAUUAGUUAUAGUCAAGAGUCUGGAGCAGCAGCUGAUGAUAUAAAGCCAUGUCCACGAUGUGCUGCUUAUAUAAUAAAGAUGAAUGAUGGGAGCUGCAAUCACAUGACAUGUGCUGUUUGUGGUUGUGAGUUUUGUUGGUUGUGUAUGAAGGAGAUCUCAGAUUUACAUUAUCUAAGUCCAUCAGGAUGUACUUUUUGGGGGAAGAAACCCUGGAGCCGAAAGAAGAAAAUAUUGUGGCAGCUGGGAACACUGGUUGGUGCUCCUGUCGGAAUCGCUUUAAUAGCUGGCAUUGCUAUUCCUGCAAUGAUUAUUGGCAUUCCUGUGUAUGUGGGCCGCAAGAUUCACAAUCGCUAUGAAGGCAAGGAUGUUUCAAAGCACAAACGGAAUUUGGCCAUAGCAGGUGGUGUAACGUUGUCUGUAAUCGUGUCUCCAGUGGUAGCUGCGGUGACUGUAGGUAUUGGUGUUCCUAUUAUGUUAGCUUAUGUCUAUGGCGUUGUUCCCAUUUCUCUUUGUCGAAGUGGAGGUUGUGGAGUCUCAGCAGGCAAUGGAAAAGGAGUCAGGAUUGAAUUUGAUGAUGAAAAUGAUAUAAAUGUUGGUGGAACUAACACAGCUGUAGACACAACAUCAGUAGCAGAAGCAAGACACAACCCGAGCAUAGGGGAGGGAAGUGUUGGUGGGCUGACUGGCAGUUUGAGUGCAAGUGGAAGCCACAUGGAUCGAAUAGGAGCCAUCCGAGACAACCUGAGUGAAACGGCCAGCACCAUGGCACUAGCUGGAGCCAGUAUAACGGGGAGUCUGUCAGGAAGUGCCAUGGUAAACUGUUUUAACAGGUUGGAAGUACAAGCAGAUGUACAGAAAGAACGGUACAGUCUAAGUGGAGAAUCUGGCACAGUCAGCUUGGGAACAGUUAGUGAUAAUGCCAGCACCAAAGCAAUGGCAGGAUCCAUUCUGAAUUCCUACAUCCCAUUGGACAAAGAAGGCAACAGUAUGGAAGUGCAAGUAGAUAUUGAGUCAAAGCCAUCCAAAUUCAGGCACAACAGUGGAAGCAGUAGUGUGGAUGAUGGCAGUGCCACCCGAAGUCAUGCUGGUGGUUCAUCCAGUGGCUUGCCUGAAGGUAAAUCUAGUGCCACCAAGUGGUCCAAAGAAGCAACAGCAGGGAAAAAAUCAAAAAGUGGUAAAUUGAGGAAAAAGGGUAACAUGAAGAUAAAUGAGACAAGAGAGGACAUGGAUGCACAGUUGUUAGAACAACAAAGCACGAACUCAAGUGAAUUUGAGGCUCCAUCCCUCAGUGACAGUAUGCCUUCUGUAGCAGAUUCCCACUCUAGUCAUUUCUCUGAAUUUAGUUGUUCUGACCUAGAAAGUAUGAAAACUUCUUGUAGUCAUGGUUCCAGUGAUUAUCACACCCGCUUUGCUACUGUUAACAUUCUUCCUGAGGUAGAAAAUGACCGUCUGGAAAAUUCCCCACAUCAGUGUAGCAUUUCUGUGGUUACCCAAACUGCUUCCUGUUCAGAAGUUCCACAGUUGAAUCAUAUUGCUGAAGAACAUAGUAAAAAUGGAAUAAAACCUAAUGUUGAUUUAUAUUUUGGUGAUACACUAAAAGAAACAAAUAACAACCACUCACAUCAGACAAUGGAAUUAAAAGUUGCAAUUCAGACUGAAAUUUAGGCCCAUAAAUGCUGCAAAAUAAUUACCACUGUACAACUGUGUUUCGAGCUGGUUGAACUACAUGUGACUUCUUAAGUUUCAGGUUACCAGCAAAAGCCAGGUUUCAUUAUCAUUUUCUGUGUUCAGCAAGGCAUUGUGUGUCAUGUGGAUCUUAGUUACCAAACUAUGAAAUGAAGGCUUUAAAAGUGCAUUAUUUUAAGGAUAAUAAAUUUGAAGAGCAAAGCAUGUUUUGUGUGUUUGCCACAAAACAUUGCUUGAAGCACAUGCUUAGAUAGAAAUUGGUCUUAAUUUAUAAUCAAUAUAAAAUACUAAUGCAAUUCUACAGCAUUCAAAUGAAAACUUGAGGCUUUAGGGAUAAGUGGUUAGUGAUAUUUUAUUGAAACCACUAAGAGAUAAGUUUAAAGGAACUGCAUAGGUUACUCUCAGUAUAUGAUACUCUUUGUAACAUUUCUAUUUAUAUCUGGGUAUAAAUUUCAUUUUUUUUCUUCAUAUGCAAUGUGGUUAUAUAAAGCUUAAAGCAGCUCAUUUGCUACCAUUUGGAUACUUAGACACUUUGAGCAAGAUUGUGGCAGUUUUUGCACAACUUUGAAAUAGAAAUACCUGGUACUCUAUCUUGUAUAUUGUUGAUGCCAUCUUAGAGGAAAAAUGUAAAGGUAAGUAAGCAUAUGACAGCAACAAAUAAGAUAUAUAAAACUACAAAAUAAAGUCCCAUUAGGUUAUAAGUAUUACAAAAAAACCACCUUUCUCUAAGGGGAAAUUUGUACCCCAUUGAUUCUUGGUGCCUUUGGGUUUGACUGGGUUUUAAUGGCCUAGUUAUUUGAGGAUUUUGCUGUGUUGUUUUCCAUGUCUUCUCUGGUCACCUUGGAUUAUAUAGAAAAAUACAGGAAAUAGAUAAACAUGAAUGUGAUUAAUAAUAAUGCUGAAAAAGUAUUAGCCUACCAAAGACACACUCAGGCUUUAGUGAAUAACUUUACAUAACCUCAAUUUUUAACACAUGCGUAUCUUCUCCAACCAUGAAAUCAAAGCACGGUGCAGAGCUUGUACCAAGUACAAAAGGUCCAUGUAUGAUUAGCAUUAUUUUCUUUUGCUUUUGUUUAUGGACAAUGUUCAGCUGACAUAAGCAGAAGUUGGCCAAAAUACUGCCUGUACUGUUAAUUUCCUGUAUAAUUCACUUAAAUAAAAGCAGGUUAACCUCAAUGAUAGCAGUUAAAAUGUUCUAUCUUAUGUAUUUCUUUUAAGUAUUACCAUUAUGGUGCUACUGAGCGUUUUCUUUUGGUAAAAAGAAAAAUGCCAUGGGCUGCAGUCUUCUUCCAUCACUUUUCCUUACCAGGUCCAUUAAUAUGCUUAUAACACUAGUGCCAGUUAUUUUAUUUGAUAAUGCUUAUGGUAUUUGUAUAUUUGUUUGCAUUCCAAUUUUGUUUAAUAAUGAGUGUGUAAACUGCAUACAUUAAAUAAAUGUAAAUACUAAUGUGUUGCUGC